GCAUUUCAAUAUGGCGCACACCCAAAGACUGUAUUUAAUUUUAUUGCCUGGACCCUUGCCAUCGUCGAACGAAAUGGUACAGGUAUCAAAUUAAGCACGUUUGUCGACGUGUUCCGUGUUAAAUUCAACCACCACAAAAGCCUCUGUGUGUUCAUUAUCGUGUACGCAGCCACGGUGAUUCCCUUUCUUUUCACGCGUGCACACUAACGAGAUGGAAAGUUAAUGGCUGAUGUAGUUGUAAUUUACGCGAGUUGUGUGGAAACAGCGUCUUUGCGUGACAAAGCUUUUUUAAAAUUCAUAGAUAAACUCGGCCACCCCGUAACGCGACACGCCGAUAACAGUUGGUUCUUUCGUGCCACUUUCGCGCAGAAUUUUUAUUUCGAGCCGCGCGAAGGAGAAGAGAAAAAGAUAGCUGGUCAGCCGCAUUGGCGUAUUUCAUCUCUUAUCUCGAUCCGGUGCCGGACCGGUUUUAAUUCGAAUGAAAAUGCCGUGGCAAAGGGAGGGAAAAAAAAGAAAGAAGAAAAACAUAGCACAGUGGAAUAG